UCGGAUUUAAUCAGAUAUCGUGCCUUCUAUAAAAAGGCUGUAAGAAAUAAUUUGCCAGCAUUUGAUGACUGGUUCGGUUCCCACGAUACUCGGACCUGCAACCAUGUGGAAAGCUGAGUGUUUCCUCAUUCUGGUGGUGGCCGUAGGCCUGAGCUUACAGUCAAGUGAGGCUGAGUCCACGAGCGAGUCCGUGAGCACUUCGCGGUUUUGCAACGUUUGCGAACUGAAAAAGAAAUACUUUCGAAACACUGGCUACAGUCUCUCUUCGCCUUUCCCAAAAGACAACGAAACAGCUCUACUAAUGAUCUGUAGCAAAUUCGUGAAGGAUAAAAACCGUUACCGCUGCGAUGUGGACUGCAGGUGCAGAGAUGGUCAACCGUGUCUCCUGCCUUGCAAACAGAUCCCGCGCCUUGGUUCCUGCAAAGGACGUCGCAGGUGCUCCAAGUUCGUCGAGCAGUUCGCUGCAUGGGUUUCUGGAAUGUGCACCUUCACCGAUUUCCCGGUCUGUGCCCAUGACCUCUGCCUAUGCAACCAUAACUGUGGUCUUUGUCGAGCACUUGGAUACCAAAAUGCCGAUUGCCCUCCGCUGACGACGACAGUCGGCUAGGAAAUGACCAUUUAAACGAAGUUACCACCUGGGGACACCGUAGGAUGUAGUAAUACAUGUACACUGUAUAUACCAUCAUCGUUGAUUGUUACUGUAUAUCCAUGUAUCCUUAAUGCAAAAUAAAAUUAUGCUCUGCAUAA